CUGACAGUCUGCUGCCUGCAACAAGGCGCUCAAGAGAAAGCUGCUAUGACUCAUGCCUUUCACAUUUCCGUAGCUAGACAGACGGCUUCUCCAAGCUCUCUAGACCCCAAGGAUUCGAAAUUUUGUCUGACCUGCUUUUGGUGCUUGUAAAAAAUGGCCUCAGAGAGCGGAGCCACAGCAGUUGUCCUGGACCCCAAAAGUGAUAUGCAAAGUUCAGUCCCCAAGCUCGGUGCCAAUUCUUCACUCUCCGAAGAAGGGCUGGAGCUUAAUGAUGGAACUGGAGAAGGGGAAGAGUCUGUUCAGCCAAAUGUAGAUCAGGGAGUUGCGGUGCCGGCAGGCCCAGCGAGGCCCGCCGAUGAUGAGAUCUUGUUGCAGGAGAAUAGCAUCAAGGCCGAAGAAGCAGGGAAGAUGGAGUUCAUAGGAGACAAGGAGCCCCUAUCAGCGUUAGCUGCUGAGUACGAGCGGGGGAAUGAAGUUUUCAAAGCAAAGAUUCAGAAACUGGGAGAAACAUAUGGUUCUAUCCGAAGAACGAGGGGCGAUGGGAACUGUUUCUUCCGGGGGUUUAUGUUUGCAUACCUGGAACGGCUCCUCCACUCCCAGGACAAGACGGAGCUACCUCGCAUGCGCGACCGCAUCGAAAGAUGCAAGCAAGAGUUGAUUGCGAUCGGAUACACACCGUUUACCUUUGAAGACUUUCUGGAGAUCUUCAUGGACCAAUUAGAGAGCGUCUUGCCGGAAGAGGGCCAGCCUAUCUCUCUGUCGGAACUGGAGGUGCGGUGCCGAGAUCCAAACGUGUCGAACUGGGCGGUGAUGUUCUUCCGGUUUGUAACGUCAGCGGAGGUGCAGCGACGAGCAGAGUUUUUCGAGCCCUUCAUCCUUGGUUUGACGAACCUAGACGUCAAAAAGUUUUGCCAAACGUCAGUCGAACCGAUGGGAGAGGAGAGCGACCAUGUCCACAUCACCGCACUCACAGACGCGCUCGGCAUUCCCGUACGAAUAGUCUAUCUAGACAGAAGCGGGGGGGCUUCGGAUGAUGCACUGGAAAUCAACCAUCACGACUUUGUCCCAGAGUCUGCUCCCGAAUCCUUCAAGCCCGAUACAUCUGGUCUGCUAACGCUCUUGUAUAGACCUGGCCACUACGAUAUUCUUUACAGUCUGUAAAUAUGAACAGCCUGAGUUACUGCCGCGUCGAAGUUGCUUCGCAUUCUGCGCUGUCACCAGUCUCGUGUGAUUAUUGCUCGCC